AUGACGAUGAUCACUGAUCUUUCAUUGGAUUUGGUAGAGGAGAUACUCUCUAAGGUUCCGUUAACUUCUCUCAAAGCAGUAAAAUCCACUUGCAAAAGAUGGAACACUCUAUCCAAAGAUGAGAGCUUUACAAAGAAACACUCAGCCGAAGAAUUUCCGGCGUUCUUGAAUUUUGAUUAUUGUUGUUCUCAAAGAAGAUUCAGUGUCCACAGAAUCCAUUAUAACAUCGAAGACUUGCCAUGUAUAAAGGAGAUAGGUAAACUACAUAGUCCUAUCAAAUUACAUAUACUCCAUCAGUGUGACGGCUUAUUGUUAGGCCACGCUGAGGACAAGCUAGUGGUAUGGAACCCGUCUUUGGCGCAAACCAGAUGGAUUGAACUCAGAAAUAAGCGGAGCGUAUAUAAGCGGAGGGGUCUUGGUCGGUGUGCUAUUGGAUACGACAACAACAAGAACCAUAAAGUCUUGGUGCGUUUCUAUGAUGUGUAUGACAAUAAUAUAACUAAUGUCAAGCAUGAAAUAUACGAUUUUAAGUCUAGUUCAUGGAGGGGUCAUGAUAUCAUCAAUCCUAAACGGAUAAGGGAGAGAGGUGUGUCCGUGAAGGGAAAUAAUUACUUUGUUGUUGAGGGGAAAUUAUUAGGUUUCGAUUUUACUAAAGAGAGAUUUGGACCGUUUAUGGACCUACCAUUUGAAAGUAGUGAUGAUUUUGAGUAUGAUAGGAUUCCAUAUUCUUGUGUAAGAGGGGACCAGCUUGCGGUGCUAUUUCAAAGGCACCUAUGUGACUUGGUGAUAUGGAUUACAACUAAGAUUGAGCCUGAUGCAGUGUCGUGGAGCAAUUUCUUUAAAUUUGAUUUGAAACCUUUCCUUGGUUUCGACCAUGGGUUUAAAGUUCGCAGUUUCUUCAUUGACAAGGAGAAGAAAAUAGGAGUGGUUUGUGGUACUGAACUUAAAAGUCAUAUCAACGAGGAAAAAUGUUAUGUGGUUGGAGAGGAUGGAUGCUACCAAGCAAAAACGGGGAAGCAAUAUGUCUUCUCUUAUGUUCCAAGUUGGGUGCAGAUCCAAGUACCUUCAUCAUGUGGCAAAAGAAAAGGAAGAGAUUGUUAG